UGCUGUAUGGUGGUAAACCCCGCCCGCGCUGAGAGGAGACGGCGUGAAAGCGGAGGUGACCCGGGAGUGGAGCCGUUUCUUCCGGUCUUUUUUUUCUUCUUCUCCGUUCUGUUUCUUCCGCGUCUCCGCUUGUUUCUGUCGUGGUUCACCGGGCUGAUGAUAAAACAAUAGACAUAUAUAUGUCUAUCAUAUGGAUAAAACUACAGCCGCAGCAGUUUACGGCAGGUCGUGGAGCCGAAUCGGGAGAGAGCACGUGAGGCAGCGCAGCAGUGACUCCUCUUCUGGUGAGAACCCUGAAUGCGUCAAUGAGGACCCUCCACAGGUUCACCUUUGUACACCUGUGGUUAUGUUCAUGAAUCGUGGACAUUUCUGUUGGCUGUGCUCGAGCGGUCACAGCGAUCUGAUGGAUCUCUCUCCAGCUGGUGCUGUACGGUGGCUCUGAGGCGCCAAAGGACAUACAGAACUGCGCAGACUAUUAAACACAGCCAGGCUUUACCUGAAGCUCUGUGGGGUCAUGUGACAGGAUAGGCGGCUGUGGGCGAGCAAAGCACCGCCUGUCCGGCCAGCUUCGGAUCAAACGCACGUUAGUCGUUGUCCUGAUGGAGGCUCCUUCCUGCAGGGAGCGGCCCCCAGGCUCUGAGGAAGAGAAGGAGGACCCAGCCGUGGUUGUGGGUCUGAGCCUGUGUGACUCGGCCCCGCUGGUGUGGAGGAUGCAGGAUCUGAGGACCGUUAGGUCUCGAGGUUUAGUGGGGGCGCUCCUGGGUUCACUGCCCCGAGCUCCCCGACAGAACGGACGACUGGGCCGACCGCUGCUGCUGCUGCCGGAGGAGGAGAGGCUGCUGAGGGAACACCACGCCGCUGCAGCCCUGCCACAACCCGACCGCAGCCAGGCCAUGUCUGGUUUAUUAAAGCAGGAUGGCGUGAGGGCGGAGCUCUGUCAGCAGUACGAAGAGCAGCAGCAGAGAAGCUUUGAGGAGCAGAGUGUCCUCGCGCUGGAGGACCGGAAGUCAGCGCUGCACCGAGCUAUGACCUCAUCACACAUAAGUGCAGAGUCCGGAGCUGGGACCUCAGAUGAAGCCCUGCAGCACCGCCUGCAGACUCUGGACCAGAACUUCACAUUCCCGCGGUCGGCGCUGGCAGUCCAGCUGAGCACAGCAAGGACGGGGCUGAGUUACUGUUCUGAGGCCCGGGCCUUGCUGCAAGCCGACUGGCCAAUCAGGCAGAGGUGCAAGCCCCACUGUGAUGCCAGGUACCAGGUGUACAGAGACCUGCGGGGCCGGGGCUUCUACCUGACCUCAGCAGGGAAGUUUGGAGGAGACUUCCUCGUGUAUCCAGGUGACCCCCUGCGGUUCCACGCUCACUUCAUCGCUGUCUGUGUGACUCUGGAUGAGUCCAUCUGCCUGCUGGACGUCCUCGCCGUGACUCGCCUAGGAUCCAACGUGAAGAAGACCGUUUUGCUGUGCUCGCCGGGGGCAGAUGGGGGCGUCUGCUACACAUCGCUUCAGUGGAGCGGGAUGGUUUAAGUCCUACAGAUGGGGCAUUUCCCCUGCCAGGCUGUGUUCAGGGACCCGGCUCAAACAUCAGGACACCACAGACUUCUCGGAGGCUCCACGUGGACUCUGAGCCUAGCUUCCUGUUGUGUAUCUGUCCAGAGCCUGCAGACCGCCUGCUGCUUAAGCAUCACAGAGUGGUGUGAGUCAGAUCAAAAAAGGAUGGUUUCUGUAAAUUCACAGCCAUGUCCUGCCAGAAACCCUUCAUGGGGGUCAUGUGACUGGCAGGCAGGUGACUGGGGUUUACGUCUUGCAUGCAGCCAAAUAUCAGAGCUGACUUCGUGUGUUCACUGUUUCCAAACAAGUGUAAACUUUCUGCAGCAGCUUCAUUUUGUCCGUGAUGAUGACCGACAAAAAUAAAACCGUGUUCAUUCGA